CUAACAUUAUAAUAAAUCAGAAACCAAAAUGGCCGCGCCCAUAGAUUGUAUCUGCCGUAUUUUUCUGAGAAAAUGUUUCUGUUUUUACCUGAGCCUAUUGGUGCUUUUUACACUCACAAUCAUUUUUGUUGGAGUGUGUGGUGAUUCUUCCCUUUCUGAAGAUUUUGAAGUGAAACCUGGUGGUCAGGUUUGGACAACUGUGAAGAAAUUGGGUCCGUGUAAGUGCACCUUUGAAUAUGCUGCCCAGGGAGGAACAAAUGAGAAAUGGCUGUUUGAGGUAACAGGUUCUGAUGACGGGACUACAUAUUCCUGUGACAUCCAACGGCCCUCUGGAGUCUCCUAUCUCUUCUUCCAGUCCUUCAAGGCAUCCAUUGAACUUAAAGGAGCUCAGCUCAAGCAAGUGGAACUUUUUAUGGACACAGACAACUCACUCAAGCCUGAGGAAUACGUCACAACAAAAGGAAAAAAUGAAGUAACCCACAAUGAGGGAAAAUUCAACUCUAAGCUGUCGCGGCUGCUUUUAAUCGCUGAGAGACCAAGGACAGAACUCUGAAGCAAGCGGGGGAUUUUCAGUCAUCUCAGUCAGAUUAGGAUGAAGAAAUUAAAAACCUUGGAUUUUUUAUUGGUUUGGCCACUAUGGCUUCCUCAAAUUUGUCUUCAAGGAGUAUUAAUUUGAUUCAAGAGCGGCUAUUUUAUGAUGGUGCCUUUGAUUGGUUGAAUAAGGAAUAGAAAGUAACGGUUUGUGAAUAAUGUAUCUGUCCACAGCACAGUGACAUAUACUGUGUAUUACCAGUUUGUUGAAUACAACACAUGACUUGUGUACGACAUCACCAUCACUCAACCGAGUUUUAAAAAAGAGCGAAUGGUAUUCGAUUUGUCACUGCUUGAAGAAAAUUCCUUCGGUUUCCCGUACUUAAACGAUUGCUUGCGUGCCAUUCUGAUUCAAGUUUCUCUUUUGUAAACAUUUUGAAUGCAGAUUGCAGAACAGUUUAUUGCCAUUUCAGGGUUAUCUGUCGCUGAAACGAGGCUACGUCAGAUCGUCUAAAUGCGUUCUGUCAAGCUUUUUCUGUUGUGAACUGAUGUCUUCUACUCGAUGUUUUCCAGAAUCUCAAGAGACGUUAUGUGGUUGUGCAGAUCUUUGAAAAUCAAUUGCAGAUAUGAAAUACGAAUUACCUCGGGGUGUUAUCUGUUUUUUAUUCCCUUCAUCGGGCGAAAAUUUGAUUUAUUUUAUAAUCCGCUCGGGGACAUUGUCCGCUGUGGCCAAGAAUAUAUUUUUAGAAGUUUUCACAAUUUCAAGGUAAUAUGCUCGUGCACAGCAUCCUUUUCCAUUUGUGUAUAAAACAUAACCAAUACUGUAUAGUGUACCCUAUCAAUACCGCAGAUGGGAACGUUUCUGUAUGCAGUGCAUUUGACAAAUCCUUUCAAAAGGAAAUGUGUUAUUCUAGGUAUUAUUUCUUGUUACAGCGCAUCAGAACAAUGCCAAAGACGUCUGCUUGGAAAGAGCUGGGGAGCCUAGUUCCUGCUGUUGAUGAAUUAGUCCUGUCAUUUUGAGGUUCGGGGUAUAUGGUCGGUCGUCAGUUAUUCUAUUUUUCCGAUGAAUUAGAUUUGAAGGCCUUCAAUUUAAUAGCCCACGUUGUGCCCACUUUUAAAAUGAUAUCACUUGUUUCCAAGACAGUUAUACAAUUAUAUUUACUCUCUGUUCUGCUUUUAUUCAACCUGAUGUAAAUGUUUGGUAAUAAUAACUGUCGCGUUGAUUUCUUAUACGAGGGGCAAUUGAUCGAAGGGCGGUCCUUCAGCCCUCUGUUAUCCUA